GAGCUAUUGUUGCGCACUGCAGUUCCUUAAUGAGGAAGCCUUAAAACACCCAAAAACGUGACAUGCGGGGUUGACGCAAAAAGUCGUCAGAGCUACAGCAGGAGCUGCCUUAAACGAUAACUCACACGGUACAUACCUAAAAUCAGAAAGCCCACCCGUCGUUGCAUGGAGACCGGAGAUAACUGACGUCGCGGCCAGGGACAAGACAGUGUGCCGUCCGAGGAAAGAUGCUAUCAUCCUUACACAUUGUACGGGGUUCGAGCGGUACUCAGUUCGUAUCUCUCUCCACCAGCGAGCGUCUCCACCAGCACAGACUCGUCGAGAUGUACCAUGGAGACGGACAUCGUGCGGAAGGCGGGCAUUCUACAAGACCGAGUUCUGCCCACUAUAGCCAUGCUGAAAACAAUCGAAAUUUCGCCGCACAAGGCGCGUCUGUCAGACAGAGCAUUCACACCUAGUUUGGGAGAUUUCAACUCCGUUGUGCUAUUGCCAUUCCCGUGUGUGAAAUGUUUGCCCGUAUUGUUCUUGAGUGAACGGUUGCUGUGCGUCUACGGAACCGCACAGGAUACUCUGGAAGCAGCAGGGUGAAAAAACAUAAUAGCUGCAUUUUGCACUGAGGAUGAGAGAUUGUCCGUACCUGCCUUGUGCCUCUUAGAGCGAUUAUUGGCUGUUCGAUGUUGAACUGUGAGGAAGGACAGCCCACGACAGGAUCGCCAAAAACAUACAGAAAAAAUUUUAAAUCAUGCAGUGCUGUGGUUAGAGCGGCCGAUUUUCAAGAGACAUUCUCCUUCUACCUGGUUUCGUCUUUUCCGUGCGAUCCACAGAAACCCGUAAACAUUCUGGGUCGCAAGAGGGAGGCUCUUAACCUGCUUAUUGCAUGUUGUGUGAUCGACCACUCGAGCAUGUGAGGGACCCCUCACAGGUGGGGCUUCGAUAUCUAUUGGAGGAAGUUUCCUCUGACAGGCAGUCAGCGUGGCGACUGAAUCGAUGCGGGGGCAUCGUAGCCGCGUUGGAAGCGGGUGUUCAUUGCCUGUCGUCCGCGCGUUUUGGGAAUUGCUUCAGCCGGAAAAGCCUACGUUUGCGAGUGGAGCCCCUAAAUUGCAACGACAAAAUGACAGGAACAAAAUGGGGGAGGAUGAUCCUAUCAAAGAGAGAUUGUUGCAGCGGGCUCUCGACCCUACUGUCCGAGUUGCCCUUGAUUCCAUUUCGCCCUCAUGUGUCACACUUGAAGUCACAUUCACCGUCACAUAUGAGACAGAGCCAGGAGUCAACUUUCAUGUAGGUUUUAAUCUCUUGGAUAAGAAUUAUGAUGCAGGCUAUGUGUCCACGUGGGAAGUGCUGAAGACUGUUUCUUUGCCUGAGCUGCAACUACCACCAGCCUCUGCAAGAGGUGAAAAAUCUCCGCAGCCCUUACGGGUGCAGAUCUCGAAAGCGGUAACCACAUUCGGAGGUGGGCCGGUGCCGACCACAACUCUUCAAGAGGCAGGUCUCUCUUCCUCGCCUCCAGCUGCUGGUAGCAACACUUUUCCCGUUGCCAUCGCCGAGAAAAGCGAGGAAAUCGACGUUCCUCGUAGCCAAGUUGUCACUGCUACGAGUACUGUGGCACUAGAAGGAGUCACCAUCUCGUGGGCUCUUUGUCAGCGAAUUGCCAAUGAGGUCCUGAUCGUUUGUCUUGGCCGAAAGAGAGAUGGAAGCUUGGACCAAGCGCCGAAGGGCAGCCCUAACAGCGUGUGCUCUCAAAGAGAAGGCACAGCGCCGUCCAAAAGGGGAGCGGGGCGUAGUGAAUCAGGAAUGAAUGCCAAUGCUGGGCUUGCAAAAGAGAAAGGGAAACCCAAAAGUUCGAAAGAAGUAAAAGCACUCCCUGUCUUCGAAAUGCACCGUCAAGGCCAGAUGCGCAUUGGGAGCCUUCUGCUUCUGAGCGAGGCAGGAUCCAUAAAGUCGUGCCCAUCACUAAAUCAAGCGUUUGCCACACUUGACGGCAUUCAUCGUUUCGAACUCGAGGUAUCAUGUUCGCAAGCUCCGCUUUCCACUGCACUUCGGGAACUGGUCAACCCCGUAUGCAUCACCUUCUGCAACGCCAGAAGGAUCCCCGUGUCAGUCUUUUCUUCUUCUACUAAUGCCACCGACGUACUUUACGAUGAGCCUGCUUCCAGUGGAACGGACAGAGGCAUUGGUGUUGGUGCUUCCACGACUGACGGUGCCUCUAGUGACACUCAGCUGCUAUCUGCAUGUUGCCAGAAGACAAAACUUGCUGCACAUGCAGCGGCGCAGUGGUUCCCCAACAUCUCGAUAACGACGCCUGUCCGUGCCCUGAGUUUUUCGGGCUUCUGCGCGGAUGGCAUUCAAUGUGCAGAUGUUUCUUGGAACCAUGAUAUCGUUGUCUUUUGGGGACCAGCAGUGGUGAACCAAAUUGCCCUGCGCCGCUUCCUUGAAGACUUCGCCUUCACUGUCGAACUUCAUGAUCAGGACACCCUGGCUAUUCAGAGCGUACACGGAGUAAAUGCGUCAAAAGAGACGACACUGGAAGGACAUGUGAUGUCGGGGUCGACCAGCAGCAAUGCAGGAACAAAACGAGGACGCGCUUCGUCUCCUGGAACUGUGGCAGGCAGCCGAACUCUCUCCCCGACCAUUUCAAAAGUAGCACCUCUGUCAGCCUGUUCCCAAGGUGGAGCCUCAUCAGAUACCAGCAAAGAGUUAUGCUCUGCCCCUAUUACUGCUUCCCCUCGCGGAACAUCCCUAACGGCAAACGCCAGUCACCGUAAAACUAAAGUUCCGUCACCCGGGCGACCUGAGCCACCAGGAACGAAAAGUAAACAUAGAAUGACGAAAGAAGACGAUUUCGACGGUGGCUCUUUCGAGGCAAGAAUCAUCAGGCCACACGGGGCUGCCAACUUCAGAUUUCAGGAACUGCUGCGGCAUGGUCUUAAGCGCAUUGAGCUAGCAUCAGCUGUUUAUCCGGUUCUGGGAACAGGGGGAGUGCCCGUACUGGAGCAAACGACGCUGCUUAAAGACCAAUCAGCCAGUCAGCUACUAGCGCAACCAGAUAACUACUUGACACGAUUCAUGCCGGGAAAGACACAGCACGUGUCGACGCGAUACCUUGAUUACGGCACUCAACUGAUGCUCCGCGUUCGCCUCAGCGAACCUCUACCGUCGAUUGAGAAAAUCCAAAUGCUCCACGAGGCCGGCCAACAGUAUCCAAAAGAGGCGGAGAGCUUUCCGAAACAUGACGGUGAACAAGAGGCAACUCCAGGCAACACACGGGAACUACAGCAUACCGAGGCUGAUCCCGCUCUCCGCUAUGAACCCUUUGGUUGUCUCGUUCUUUUCGUCAAACCGGACCGCAAGCCUUUGAUCCAGAAAAUCGUGAUGGAAGUAGACAGAAGAAAUAUGCAGGCCAUGAACGUCGAAACGCACGAUGCCCUCUCACUCGAAAUUCUUCCUGCUGAUGAGGAGGGUAGCAAUGCUCAUGACGUCCUCACGGGAUUCAUUCUCUUUGACGAAAAGAGCACGAAGACGAAAUCCACGAAGAGGCCAACAAACGCGAGAAAUGCUCCACUUCGCAAACAUCACUCCGGAGAUCGGUGACAUUCGCUGACGUGGUUACGCUCUCAGACAGCAUAACAAAAUUACGACGACGCGCGGUGUCCAGUCGCUGUUCAGAGGCCAGCAGCACUAAAGAGGAAUCUAGGUUCGUGAACACAAAGUAUAUCAACGUGCUGAAGGAGCGGAAAGAGCUUGUACCAGCAAACAGAGUUCUGGAAAACAUUCAAUCCAUCAAGAGUUUCUCAAAAACUCGUCGCAGUUCUCCAGAGGCAUCAAGUCCCCAGCAUGUGCGCACUCUCUCGGCAACCCAAUCUUCAACGCCGCAAGACAAUAAAGUCAACUCUCGAGUCCGAUCUCAUUCGUCGCUUAGAGCACACGAAGGACAGCUUCCUUUGGAGGAAAGAGAAAAACGCAAACAUGAUACCAGACCACCAUGGAGGUAUCCUGCUCCGAGAAGUUCUGCAGAAUUUCGACGAAUUGGACUAGGACUACCGGGAGAUAGACUGGAGGAGCUGAACAGUCGCUGCGAAAGAGACUCAGACCAAUUCUUAAACUGGACAAGCAAAAUACGAGACGCGUCAGUUCAGAAAGGUGACAGCAUGCCUGAACUCUCGAGUAGCAAGUCCAUGAAAUUUGAGACACAGGGGAAGUCGGAGGGGCUGUUCGGUCCGAAAAGCUUCUUCGAAUCUGUACACUACCCGCACGAACCAGUAGGCACUGAAAAAACGAUCGCUGAAAAAGCGGCUUCUGAGAGAGUGCUUCCAAGCGCCGGACACGACCGACACAAUCCUCAAGAACAGGUGUCUCGAAGAAAAUGGGGGUCGUCAGCGGAUUGCUCGAAGAUGCAUUUCCUGAGCCUUCAUUCCAGUGCAAAGCCCAGCAGCUGCACCCUCGAACUUCUUCAUGAUUGCUUGCAUGGUUCGCCUGUGAAACUUGGGAUUGACUUUACCCGCCGAAAGGUUCCCCGACGGCUGGUGCAGAAAUACGGCGCAUUCGCACCAGUCUCAAAUGUGAAACCUAUAAGGCCUCUUUCUGCGGACAGCGACUCGGAUCGGUCGGGACGAGGUGCUGCACCAGCCAGGAUUGUGGAAGUGGAUCCUUGGUCUCACAAAUACAAGGCGGCAACUCAGGCAGAAAGCGUUUCUACUGGUUUAGCAAAAGCCUGGAGAAGUGUGGGCAACGAUUUUGUGAUUUGCACUCGGUCGAAAGCAUUGACGGAUGCAGACUUUGACUUGUACCGCCAACCACUCGAUAACUCUCCCCAACUAACG